AGAAACACGAAUGAAAUAAACCAAAACUGCAUUAUAUGCGCUGACCCAUCCCGAGCUUAGAACGAUUAUCUGCCGAUCUCGUACCGAGAGAAAUAUAAUUUGGAACAUGGCGUCGAUUUGUUUACAAACAUGGAAUUUACUUUUUUUCGUUAUUUUCAUUUUAUUUUGUAAAGUUGUAAAUAGUGAAGAAGAUUAUUAUAAUAUACUAGGACUAAGUAGAAAUGCUAACAAUGAAGAAAUCAGGCGUGCAUAUAGACGAUUAGCUAGAGAAUGGUAUGUAAAUUUUAGCAGAAAAUUUUGUUUAAUAUAUAAAAGAUCUUUGAAUUAUACCUACAAAGAGCAUAUCGAACUUUCUAACUAAAUUUGUACAGAGUAGAAAUAUUACUUCUAAACUGUUCUUCUUAAAUAUCCAGUAUGAUAACCCCUUAUUGGGCCAGUGUUAGUAGGGGAGGAACUGCACUAAAUACCUGGUAAAAACCUGCAUGUAUUACAUUAAACUUUGGUAGAGUUCAACUGGAGGCAUUUUUAAAGUAAUUUUACGUAGUAUAAAACAUGGAAGUGCAAGGUACAUGUUGUAACUUCUCACUGCCUUCAACAGCCCCAGCAACAUGUACUUGGAAAUUAGGAUAAAUAUUUCAUUAAUUUUCAGUUCUUUGUAAACAUGUUUUAAUUCUUUAUUUGUGGGGAAACUUGAUAUGAUAUAUUACAAUCAGAAAAAGCUAGAUUGGCCAAUCACAUUUUUUAAUACUACCCUAGGCAUCCUGACAAAAAUACCAAGUCUGAUGCACAAGAGACAUUCAUCAAAAUCAACAAAGCAUAUGAGGUAACCUUUGUAAUGAUCACACCUUUCAACUCUCUUGAUUGGGAGUGUCCCAAUUCACAUAGGUUUCUCUCCUAAUUUAAAUCUGAAGGCCUCUCUGAGAAUGUUUUUAUAAAGAAGAUAUUAAUACUUGUGAAAAGUUCAGUAAUUCUGAAAAACUUCAAUUAUUCUUAGAAACUUGAAUAAUUCUGAGAAACUUCAAUAAUUCUGAAAAACUUCAACUACUUUUCAGACUUUAUCUGACUCCAAGAAGAGAAAUGACUAUGACAGAUAUGGAGAAUCUGGGCCAUCAAAGUACCAUGAGCAACAAUUUCAAUUUUUCUAUGAUAAUGAGUUUAUGUUUUUCAAUGGAAUGCCUCACCAAAGUAGACGUGACGAUUUUCUAACACUCAACUUUUAUAAGAAAACCAUUUUGCCAGGAAGCUAUAAGAAGUUCUAUUUACUUCAGAUUGUAUCUGAUUGGUGUAUGAAUUGUGAGUAUAAAUUCUUAUACUAACUUAAUUUCAUAAAAAAAAUUCAUCAUUGUCGGAGAAAGGGGAGUGCUACUCUUCAAUUUUACAGUACAGUUUUACUCGAACCGACCUGACCACGUAGAUCAGUUGGCAGAGCAUUGGGCUGGUAUUCCAAAGGUCGUAGGUUUGAUUCCCACCAUGGCCAUGCAUAUUUUUUCAAGCUUGCCCGGUGUGGAUAUACACUCAGAGUAACGUCACAAACAUCAUAUUCACCUGAGUACAUAACACCAACACAGAAAAAAUCAUAUUACUAGAUUACAUUGGUAUCAAAGGAAUUAGAUUCUGUUCCGAAAUAUCACUUACUCGAACCGUCCUGACCGCGUAGCUCAGUUGGCAGAGCAUUGGGCUAGUAUUCCAAAGGUCGUAGGUUAGAUUUCUACCGUGGCCGGGAAUAUUUUUCAAGCUUGCCUGGUGUGGAUAUACACUCAGAGUAACAUCACAAGCAUCAAUUUUAGAGUAAUUAUUAUAAUAAUUUCUCUAUAUGGGCAUCAACACACGUAUUAUUUGACUUCAUCACACUUGAACUCCCUUAGGUGCUGCUGUGGAGGAGAUAUGGGCAUACACUGCUAGAGAUUUAGAAAAUCAUGGUGUAGGAACUGGUCAUAUAAAUAAAAAUGUUGACCCUCAAUUAGCAAGAUUGCUGGGUGUCAGAAAGCUCCCAGAUUUUGUUGCUGUUAUCAAUGGAAAGUUAUAUCACUAUAGUGGGUCAAUUAGUGGUGAAAAUCUGAAGAAUUUUGUCAGUGGGCUUUUUUCAACAUGCCACCUUGUUCCCGAGGUAUGCAACUAUUUGUACUAGUUCAUUAUAAAUAGAUGACAAAUUAUGUUUUAAUUAAUGCCCACCAUUUCCCCCUUGACAUGUAAAAGUGACAGCUGCCAUUAAUUACCAACUAAGAAAAACAACAAACUUAUAAGUGCCAUUAAUCCAUUAAGCUUUUAACAUGUAAAAUUGCUUGGUAAUUAACCUUGUACAUGGCAUUUAUAUACUUGUGCAUGUAACACAAUUGGAUAUAACCAAAAUUAACGUGUUUUUUUUUCUAUGUAGGUAACAGACUCUAAUUUAAAACAAUUUCUUGAUACCCAGUAUGAGAACAAGCCUCGAGCCUUGCUGUUUACCACCAAGAGAGAACCACCACUGUUAUUGAAGAUUGUAGCAUUCAAAUACCGACAUUAUGUGGGUGUUGGUUAUGUCCAGGUCUCCAAAUCUGAAGAAAUGAGAGCAAGGUUUGGAGCUGCAAAAAAUGAACCUACAUUUAUGAUAUUUAAAGAAAAUAUUUCAGUACCUCAUCUUUUACUCCAGGUAAUAUUGCCAUUAUUUGAUGUCUUUUUUCACAGACUAAAGCUUGUCUUUAUAAAUAAUUUUGCCUUUUGGUCAGUGAACAUUUCCUGUUAUUAAGUACAGUUUGGUUGCUUAUUAAUGGUAAACAAGUAUCCUCUUUUUGAGCUCAAAACAAUCUGGCAUAAGACAUAGCGAAUAGCAAAGUAGUUAUUUUUAGUAGGUGUCAUGCAUUGAGGUUAAUGAGCUAAAGUUUUAUCCAUCUUUGAGAAGAAAAAUAUUGAUUAAAAAAUUUCAUCUGUUUUUUUCUCAGGCAUCGGAUUUACAAAAUGGAGUUUUGGAUGACAGCAUUUCUAAUAAUUUAUACCUUCACUUUCCACGUCUUUCUUCACAAGAAAUGUUUGAAGCUCUCUGUCCUGCUGAACGAUUUCCUUUAAGAAAAAGGUACAUAUUUUAUUGAAGUUAAGUCGUGAGGUUCUACCUUGCGUGUCUUUUUUUCCGUAUUGGAAUAUUUUAUUAUUUUACAUACCUAAUGAUUAGAAAGAGACUAGAUUUACAAAAAACUAAGAAAAUGUAUUGACAACAGAUUGAUAACAAGUUAAUUAAUUUGUCAAGAUGUUACAGUUUCAACAGAUCUUCUAAUAGAAUGUUGGGGGAGUUUUUUGUGGACGAAAAUUCAGAGAAAAGUAGACAUGUUUUAGAGUGAUAUGCCAAAAUUUAAGAACUUUUCCAAUAGCUGUUUUCCGAGACUAUACCAUAUAUGGUACCGGUACCAAUUUGUACCAAACUUUAUCAACCACGUGUGUUUUUUUCUUUCACAGUUUAUGUGUAAUCCUGUUCAUAAGUAGAGUACCAUACCUUCAACACUCACUACCCAGUAUGACAAAGGAUAAUUCAUGGAGAGCAAAGAGAAUUCGUUUUGUCUAUGUUAAUCCAGCCGCACAACAGGCAUUUGAAGGUGCCAUUAAAAUGAACGAAAAAUCAAGAAGUGUGUGUAAAAAUAAGCUCAUGUCUAAAAAGGUUGGUGAAACAUUGAUUCUAACAUUUGUAUUUGGUGUAUUAGCAUAUACGAACUUACAACUUUGUUUAUUACAAACUUACUACCUGACAGCCCUGAGAGAAUGCUUCGACGAAGAAGAUCCGAGGACAUGGAAGACUAUACGUCUGAAGUGUAACACUAGUCGUUACUUACGUUCUGAACUAACUUGUUGUUUUUAGUCUCCUGUCCAUGUACUGUAUGUUAUAUAUUCUGUACUGUAUGUGUAUUUUUGUAUAGGGCCCACAGUAAUUGGUUUACACUGUUGUGGUGUCCCUGCCAUUUUUGUCCAUGUUUAUUGUCUAGAUGUCUAUUUGCUGUUCUGUUAAGUGUUUUUGGCAAAGUUUAAUAAAUAAAUAAAUAAAUACGACCAGCAAAUAGAAAAAGUAUACGUAAUAUCUGCAAUUAUUGCAGCACAUGGUAGAAACUGUGUCCGCGAGUGAAUGUUUCACUUUAUAUAUGCAGAUACAAUGUUGGAAAUUUAAAAGUCAAACCCGAUCUAACAUCUUCCAACGUCAACAAUCCCAACAUACUGUAGCAGUGUUCAUACGAGGCCAACAUGUUGCACAAAACUUGACGGUAAAUCACUACACGAAAACGAGGCGCUUAAGCAAGAGUGCAAUAAACAGUACAGUCUAAAAUACAAAACAAUAGAUACUCCGAAAAUUGAAAGCAUUUUGAAAAAUUUAUUUCGACGCUUCGAAAUAAAUUUUUCAAAAUGCUUUCAAUUUUCGGAGUAUCUAUUGUUUUGUAUUUUAUCAAAAUACUCAGUGGUUCCCGUAAUUUCAGUACAGUCUAUUAAUGAGUUAUUGAUUAGCUUAACCAGUCAAUGCAUUUUUACCAGGUUGCCAUAUUAUGGCGUGUUAAAGAUAAUGAAGUUAAGUACACUUGGUUUGAAAACGGUUGGUGUGGGCCCAAGGACGUGACUCGCCUCGCUGACCUGUUGAAUGAUAUACAAGAAGGAGAAAUUGAACUAGAUAUGAAUGCUGUGGUUCCAGAAUUAUACGGCGAACAUGCUAAGGUAUACUAUAGUUACUGUUAUAUAUAUAUAGUUAUGAUAAUUGACCAUUAACCUCAAAUAUUAGCCUGAACUAGAUUGGCAAUGCAUGGACAGUGCAUUCCUAGUUGUCCCGAACAAAUAUACCGUAUAAACCGAUCCAAAAAACGGUUGUCAUUCUUUUCCCCCGAAAUUAAGGGUAAUCAUUGCCGCCUUGUAGACUACACCCAAAAUAAGUACCUUUCCUAAGCUCGCAUUAACGAGAUAUUCUUGAUAUACUAUUUCAAUUUUAAUUUUCUAAUGUAGAAUGUUCUUGAACAAGUAGUAGAUUUGUGGCACGAUGUGGGGUAUUAUUUCAUUCACUAUAUUAACUGGUAAGAUGACUUGAUGUUGAAGAAUUUUAGGAUCCUGAGAUUUAGGAUGACUUAAGGCAAAGAUGCAUGAGCUUAUAUGAUUCUUAUACAAUAAAUGCCAGCAUUAAAUCGUAUGUUUUUAUUCCAGGUCUGGUCACUUGCCAUCCUUAUCUUUGGCUGUUACAUUUGGUUUUGUCUUUCUUAUCGGCUUUGUUUUCCCAUCCAGGACGUAAGUACCUUUUCUAAAAAUUGGAUGAGAAGAUUACAUGGUAAUCUCGAGCUCAUAAUGAAAUUUUUGUUCAGUGAGAAAGACUCGACAAAAUCCGAGACCAAUGAAUCGCAGACAACAGUAGAUGUUUAUGGAUUAGUGCAGUUAAACUCGGCUACUCAGGAUAAACUUCUACACCAAUGUCCACAAGGACAACUAGUUGUCAUUCUCUUGUCUGAUGCGACUUCAACAUCGGAAGCCCGUCGUUCACCAAUUGUACAGAUAUUUGCAAACGUGAGCCGGUCUUAUCAAAAGUAAGUUUUGUUCAAUACUACCUUAUAAAAUUACAACAUAAUACAACAUGUAUUACUUCGUUGUUGUUGAACACUCUGUGGAGUUGUUAUGGAUACCUAGUAACGUUCAUACAAAGCUCACUUCCCUUGUGGUCGUUUGAGCGCUCUGGUCCCUUUACACUCUGUGCAUGUCUGGUGCGUUGAUGCGGUCGUGUUGUACCACAUGCGCUUGGUGAAAGCAAGCUCGUGUAUAUAAAUGAUGGUAUCACGUAUCUAGACGCUGCACUGAUGAGGCGUAAAUCUAUAUGAUGUUGUAUACAUAAUUAAUUGAAAUGUUAUUUAAUACUUUUUAAUGCAUUUAACAAUUUUAUCAGUUAUUGAAAAUUAAAAAUUAACUGUACGUGGUAUGGUUUCUGUUAUAGAGAAAAUAUUUUUACAUUUGGUUGGUUAUCAAUCCCAGAACACAUUGCGUGGUGCAAUGAGGUGAUGAAGGUCCAGACAUUUGGCGAGAUCACUGCCGGGACUGUGCUUGCCUUAAAUGGGGCCAAGAAAUAUCUUUCAAUCUUUAAAAUUAUAAAAUCUCGCGAACAGGACGCGGGGAGUGUGUUUGAUGACUCGGAAGAAGACGAGACAAUGUAUUCCCGAGAGGAUAACGAGAGUUCGACGAUGGUUUUCCGAGAGGAUAAGCGGACACAGAAACGAAUUGCUGACGAGCUAGGCCGACAAUUUCCGAGGUGGAUUGAAAAACUUUUGGAAGGAAUGGUAACAAGAAUGAAAUUUGACAGUUGGCCGAGGCUAGAGUGCGAUAAAUAAAUUAUGAAUUCCUAGAAACUUCUAUUAGGUCUUUUCACCAUGGUUGUUCCAAAGCACGUUCAGCAAUAACCGUGGGUUAAACUUAACCCUUUGCUUUGGUUUAUGUGAAUAUGAAACUUUAGAAAAUGAAACUUCUGAUGAUCCAGACAAGUGACAGUGUAAUGAAACUUCUGAUGAUCAGUGAUAGUUAAUGAACAAAAUGUUUACCUCAGCUGAGUUCUAGGACAAUUAGUAGAACUAACCAGAACACACUAACCUAAGGGAUGGGACUUUUUCCCGUGUAGGUAAGGUACAGGUUGUUUGAGAGGGGUAUGAUAGAACAUGGAAUCCGUUCGCUUCAUACAGUUCAUACACAUACAUUUUUUAAGGUCGUGUCAUUGCUAUUUUCGUCCAUAUUCUCGUUUAGCAAAAUUUAAAAACCAACAAAAUUCAUGGUUAUAUUUAAACUCUAUGCAUUUACAAUCUUUCUUGUCCGCCUAUAUAAAUAAUGUUAACAGUCUUGAAGUUUUUUCAAAAAUUUAAAUUAACUCUGCAGCUAGGUGUAUCAAAAUAAACGCAAUUCAUCUUUUGUGCUUAAUAACUUUCGAAAUACUAUUUCUAGUUAAACGCUUUUAGGCUUACUUCAAAGCCUGUUCUUUUCUCUUUCAAACAAACUAUUAUCCUUGUCUCCAAUGCUAGUAAUAAUUGCACAGGAAAAGAUUUAGUAAAACCUAUCAUUUUUAGUUGCUGUUUAAUUAUGCAAGUUUACUAUGUUAUUGUUUAGUCGGUUUAAAUGUUAGAAUUUUCUUCUUUAAACUUUAAUGUUGUCGUCACUACAUCUGGAAAACCACGUAAGAACAAAUUAAAAGGAUUUUAAAAGAGACCAGGUUGUUUGAAAAUCCUAAACGAAUGCUAAAAGUCGUCAAAACAUUCUGGUGUCUGAGCCAGAGUGUCAUCGAAUUGCAAUGUAAUGUAAACAGAAAUUAUAGCAAGUUGAUGUCAGUCAGCUUAGAUGGUCCAAGCCAAAAUUAUAUCGCAUUUGAAGUUUCAAACUGAGUUAAAAAUAGUGGAAGAAAAGCCGUAAUUAUACUUAAUUAUACGUAAUUAUACUACUAUAAUCCAUUUAAUAAACUGCAACAUUUUUUUGUUUUAAUGAAAAAAUCAGUUAUUUUCAUGAGAACGAUUUUUUAUUCCAUCUCAAUUUUUUUAAUCUCCAAUCGCAAUAACGUAAAGUAUUAUUAGCCGCGAACCAACGAGUCAAAUUUAAGAAACCACCCACUGUUAGAAAGCUGAAUGGCUACGCUUUAAAAUGAAUGUAAACUUUAACGUUUUCGUCUAUUAUUUGUUUAGCAAUUUACAUUUCAGUCGAGGAUUGCGCUUUUUUUG